UGGCUGUGGACUGCUUGAUAACCACUUCCGCUUUUUUUCCUCGCAGGUCAAUAUUUGCGUUUACCUAGAAAGACAGUAAAGACAUUGUAGAAAGGUUUUUGUUGGUUAAAACUCACGUUUAGGAGAUCGACAGGUUGAGAUAUUUAUGGAGCAUAAUAAUGGAGAUACUUCUAGCUGGUCGAUGCAGCGACGAAUGGAAGGUUUGGUCAACAAACACAUGGCAGACAUAGCACUAGAAACACUCCAACAGAGACUAUCAGCUGUGUCCGACGAAAUGAACCAUCUUGCGGAACAUGUCUCGAGACGCUCGGAGGAUGUUCCCAAGUAUGAUAUUCCAAGACGCACAGAUGUAAACUUUGACGUUGAGUCACUGAGUGCAACAUUUAGCACGGGUGGUGUUGGGGAAAAGUUGGCGAUCCCAGGCACCUCAUCAUCAGCAGAGACGGCUGCCCAGCGUAAAAUCAUCUCCCUGCUGGUGGAGAUUAAGGAGGAGCAGCAGAGACAGUGGGGCGUUUUGAGGCAGAUGCAGGCCAGGGUUCAGGGCCAGAGCUUUCCGGUGGUAGAGGAAGAGGUGGAGGCUCUAGACAUUGACAUCCCACUGAGGACCAUGGAGCAGCUAGAUGACACAGAGAGGCACCUGGAGGAUGCAGGAGCACAGAAGAGAAUGGUGUCUCACCUGUCACGAAUGGGUGGGGCCACGUUUGAUGAUGCGGUGCGAAGGCUCAUGCAGGCAGUGCUAUCUUUUGCUGUGGGCUCUGAGCUCAACUGGGUGGGCCGAGGCCAGAAAAGGAGCUUCAGAAACACCCGCCUCCAAGGGGUUCUCUUUUGUGCUCUGAAAAGAACCCCAGUGGGCAAAGAGGCCACACAUCACCAGUUUGCAGACGUGGUGAAGAAGUGGCUGCGGUUCGCCCCGUUCAGACAGGGAGGGAGUGGUCGACGGCAUUAUAAACCACCUGGUGACUUCCUGUGUCCAAAGGAAUGUGUAGGUCUGCCUACACAUCAGCCUACACAUCCACAGUAACUCACAAUCAGCUUACUAAAUAUAUUAUAUUGUUUAACAUUUUAGUAUUAUUUCCUAAGUUUGUUACAUUGCAAAAAAUAAAUGCUAUUUGAAUGUGAA